AUGUUGGUUCUCCCCGCACCUAACGACGAUAGACGGGUUGAGUUUGUGGCUCUUACCGCCGUUCAUACGGAGAGGAGUGAACCAUCGACCCCGGAGCGCCUGCACCCUUCUCACCGUACCGGGCUGCUCGGUACCCCGCUGCCCGGGCGUCUUGGACCCCGGGCGACCACCUCAGCCUCCAGCAAGCGCUACAGAAAGUUUCAGAACUUCUUGUACAACGUACUGGAAAGACCACGGGGAUGGGCAUUCAUCUACCACGCGUUCAUUUUCCUGCUGGUGUUCAGCUGUCUGGUUCUGUCUGUGUUCUCCACCAUACCAGACCAUCAAAAGAUAGCCAACGAAGGCCUCUUCAUCCUGGAGUUUGUGAUGAUCGUGGUGUUUGGUCUGGAAUACGUUGUGAGGGUUUGGGCAUCUGGCUGCUGCUGUCGCUACAGAGGAUGGCAGGGGAGACUACGCUUCGCCAGGAAACCCUUCUGUGUCAUAGACUUCAUAGUGUUUGUGGUGUCCUUGGCGGUGAUCGCAGCGGGCACCCAGGGGAAUGUCUUUGCCACCUCUGCUCUGCGCAGCAUGCGGUUCCUCCAGAUCCUCCGGAUGGUACGCAUGGACAGACGAGGAGGCACCUGGAAACUACUGGGCUCUGUGGUCUACGCCCACAGCAAGGAGCUCAUUACAGCGUGGUACAUUGGUUUCCUGGUCCUGAUCUUUGCCUCCUUCCUGGUCUACCUGGCAGAGAAGGACGUCAACACAGAGUUCAACACCUACGCAGACUCCCUCUGGUGGGGAACGAUUACUCUCACCACCAUCGGCUAUGGUGACAAGACACCCCGCACCUGGUUGGGCCGACUUCUAGCUGCCGGUUUCGCGCUCCUGGGUGUGUCCUUCUUCGCCCUUCCUGCUGGUAUCCUGGGGUCAGGCUUUGCCCUGAAGGUGCAGGAGCAGCACAGACAGAAGCACUUUGAGAAGAGGAGGACUCCUGCUGCCAACCUUAUACAGGCUGCGUGGCGUCUGUACUCUACUGAUGCUCAGCACUCCUACCUGACAGCCACUUGGUACUUCUAUGACAGCAUGCUUCCAUCCUUCAGUCAACUUGUUUCUAAAAAGCGGUCUCUUCUGGAUUCAUGCUGGCCCAGCAGCAAAAUGGGAUUCCGGGACAGGAUGCGGCUGAACAACUCCCGUUCGUCCCAGGCGAGCCGGAACAAGGCGUCCCAGCUGCCUCCCGGGAUGAGUGUCCGCCAGUCGCCCAGCACGGAGAACGUCCCAGAAGCCACCAGUCCCGGAAAGGUGCAGAAGAGCUGGAGCUUCAACGACCGCACGCGGUUCCGCACCUCCCUACGACUCAAACCCAGACCUCCUGCAGACGUGGAAGGAGUAGGGGAGGACAGUGUUGAAGACAAACCAUAUUGUGAUGUUGCCAUGGAGGAGGUGAUCCCAGCAGUGAAGACCUUGAUACGGGCUGUUAGGAUUCUGAAGUUCCUGGUGGCCAAGAGGAAGUUUAAGGAGACUCUGCGUCCAUACGACGUGAAGGACGUCAUAGAGCAGUACUCUGCUGGACACCUGGACAUGCUGGGGAGGAUCAAGAGUCUACAAACCAGAGUGGAUCAGAUAGUGGGUCGUGGAUCGUCCUACCAGCCAGAUAAUAAGAAGGUGAGGAGUGAGAAGGGAGAGAAGACCCCUCCAGAACUGGACCUUCUGGACGAGCUCAGUAUGAUGGGACGUGUCAUCAAGGUGGAGAAACAGGUGCAGUCGAUAGAGAACAAGCUGGACCUCCUUCUUAACUUCUACACACAGUGUCUGAAGAAAGGCUCGUCCAACUUCACCUUGUCGUCCCUGUUAGAACCAGACCUGACGUCGGACUACCACAGCCCCACAGACCAUCGUGACCUUUUCCCCUACGCCAACACACUCAACAUCUCCCACUCAGAGUCCAGCAACAUGGAGUGACUGGUAUUGUACUCACUGACUGGGGCUGAGUCUCGGCAUGAACUGGGUCCACCGCUAGACCCUCACCACAAUGGCCCUGAGAUGUCAUGUCACUAUACUGGACUGUAGCAGCACCCCUGGAGCAACCCACUAUGCCAAUAGCUCUUCCCACUAAUCACCAAACCAAUUUGAUUCCUAACUUUGGAGGUCUGACUCCUUUAGGAAUUCACAGUCCACACCUUAGGYCCCACACUUUUUACCAUCGACUGAUCCUCAUCUUUAAUCAUUUCUCCCUCCACAUACACUACAUGGCCAAAAGUAUGUGGUCAACCCUUCAAAUMAGUGGAUUCGGCUAUUUCAG